AUGGAGAAGAUCACCGACAAGAUCGCGGCUCUGCCGCCUGAUGCGAAUUACUUUUCACUGGAGUUUUUCCCUCCCAAGACCAAGAUGGGUUUCGCCAAUCUUCAAGCCCGUCUGGAGCGUAUGGCCCAAGCUCUUCGUCCGUUGUUCGUCACCGUCACCUGGGGUGCUGGAGGAAGUACCGCGCAAAGAUCCCUGGAACUGGCUGAGAUUUGUCAACGCCAGCUGCAGUUGACCACAUGCUUGCACUUGACCUGUACAAACAUGAGCCGCGCCCUGGUGGAUCAGGCGCUUGAGGAAGCCAAGGUGCUGGGUAUCAGGAACAUCCUCGCCCUCCGUGGGGAUCCACCCCGCAGCGAAGAGUACAACAUGCAUGGCGAGGACGACAGCAACAAGGACUUCACCUUUGCCGUGGACUUGGUGCGCUACAUCCGGAAACAUCACGGCGAUUACUUUUGUAUUGGUGUCGCCGCCUACCCCGAGGGUCACCCCGCCGACAACUUCCAGGACUCCCAGGAUCCCGCCAGGGACGUGCCAUACCUGGUUGAGAAGACUCAGGCGGGCGCAGACUUCAUUAUGACUCAGUUGACCUAUGACAUUGACGCCUAUACCAAGUUCGAGAACAUGCUACGGAACCAUGAAUCGGGUGCAUUCAAGACCAUUCCUAUCAUCCCUGGUCUGAUGCCCCUCCACAGCUACAAGAUUCUCACUCGCGUGACGAAGCUUAGCCAUGUCAAAAUCCCCCCACAGACCCUGGCGAGGUUGGAAGAGAUUAAGCACGACGACGACGCAGUCAAGCGUGCUGGUGUGGACAUUGUCUGUGAUUUGGUGGACGGCAUCCGCGGCAUCCCUACUCCUGGCCUGCGCGGCUUCCACUUCUAUACGCUCAACCUGGAGAAGACCGUGUCCUUCCUACUCGAACGCUGCGAUCUUAUCGGUCCAUACACCGAAUAUGACGAACCCAUUGAACAUUCAGCAGCAUACUCCGCCUCCCGUCUCGAGACGCCCGCGCGCGCGCUCGCCAGCCGCCGCUCGUCCGUCAGCUCUAUGCCGCACAACCGUGUCAUUGUUGACAAGCUACAGCCGUCCGAUGUAUCCUCUCGAGAAUCGGUCAGUCACGAAGCCACAGCGCUGAGCGCUGGUCUGCCUGCCAUGCCACCGGACCGCAGUACGACGUUGCAGAUCUCGGAGGGUCUCGGCGCCCUCGGGCGAGAAGCAACUUGGGACGACUUCCCCAACGGACGUUGGGGUGAUGCGCGCUCCCCAGCCUUCGGUGAAAUCGACGGUUACGGUCCCUCCCUCCACAUUUCUCCAGCCGUGGCUCACAAGGUCUGGGGCUAUCCCGUCACCCGUGAGGACAUCAGUGCACUCUUCCGCCGGCACGUCUCCGGCGAGUUAUACAUCGUACCGUGGAGCGAGGGUGGCGCGGAAGAAGGCUCCGGCACCCUGAACGCUGAAACCGAAAUCAUCCGGCCGGAACUCCUGCAACUCAUCGACAAGCGCGGUUGGUGGACAUUAGCCUCGCAGCCGGCCAUCAACGGCGUGCGCAGUGACGACCCGAUUUUCGGUUGGGGCCCCCCCGGCGAGGGCUUCGUCUUCCAGAAACCUUUCGUCGAGUUCUUCUGCCCCAGCAAGGACUACCACACGAUUCUCAAGCCGUUACUCGAGCGCCAUGGCCACGAGAAACUCGCUUGGUUCGCCACCAACGUCAAGGGUGACUUUGAGUCGUCCCUACCCGGCUCCAACGUCGAGGAUCCGGACCCAAUCGACAUCAACCCCGCCAACGUCAACGCCGUCACCUGGGGUGUCUUCCGCGGUAAGGAGAUCGUCACCCCCACGAUCAUCGAAGAGGUCAGUUUCCGCGCUUGGGGUGACGAGGCCUACCGCAUCUGGGACGAAUGGCGCCGCAUCUACCCCAAGAAUUCCGCUACCGAACGCUUCCUCGACGCCACGAAGAACGAUGUCUGGUUGGUCUGUGUCGUGGGUCAAGAGUUUGGCGCCGGUACCGAGGUCGGUUCGAAGGAGGAAGAGGAGGAGACGAAGUGGAUGUGGAGAGAGUUGGCGGGUUGUUAA